CCCCGCUGUCGACCUUUGGAUCUCGGAGCCCGGGGCGGGUAGGCAGCUCCGCCGUCCACGGUGGCAAUUGGCUGCGCUCUCCUCCUCUGUCUACAGCGGCUUCCUAUUGCGCCGCACAUCGUGGCCCAAACACCAGCAGACAACCACAAGAAGCUACUGCCAGGAAGCCAGCAGAGCAGGCGGACAGCGUGUCGAGGCGGACUGGGAGGAAGGAAAUACCGCUAUAGCUGACUACUGCAGAGCACGGUCAUGACCGAGAGACGGAUAUCGCGGUGGUACUUCGGUGGGCUGGCGUCCUGCGGAGCCGCCUGCUGCACGCAUCCUCUGGAUCUCCUCAAGGUACACCUCCAAACACAGCAGGAGGUGAAGAUGAGAAUGAUGGGGAUGGCUGUUCAUGUGGUGAAGAGCGACGGGGUGCUGGCUCUUUACAACGGCCUCUCUGCCUCCCUUUGUAGACAGAUGUCCUAUUCCCUCACCAGAUUUGCCAUCUAUGAGACAGUGAGGGACAUGAUGGGCAGCACAAGCCAGGGCCCCAUGCCCUUUUACCAGAAGGUCCUGCUGGGAGCCUUCGGAGGUUUUACUGGUGGGUUUGUUGGCACGCCGGCAGACAUGGUGAACGUCAGGAUGCAGAAUGACAUGAAACUACCACCAGAACUGAGGAGAAACUACAAACAUGCCAUCGAUGGGCUCUUCAGAGUCUUCAGAGAAGAGGGUGUGAGGAGACUGUUCUCAGGAGCCACCAUGGCCUCCAGCAGAGGAGCGUUGGUCACUGUUGGUCAGUUGGCGUGUUAUGACCAGGCCAAGCAGCUCGUACUGGGAACAGGCAUGAUGAGAGAUAACAUGCUUACACACUUUCUUUCCAGCUUCAUUGCAGGAGGCUGUGCUACAUUCUUGUGUCAACCUCUGGAUGUACUAAAGACGAGGCUGAUGAACUCAAAGGGAGAGUACACAGGGGUGACACAUUGCUUACAAGAAACUGCCAAGCUGGGUCCGCUGGCAUUUUACAAGGGUCUUGUCCCCGCAGGGAUCCGCUUGAUUCCUCACACAGUGCUCACCUUCAUCUUCCUCGAGCAGCUCAAGAAAUACUUCGGCAUUCGCAUCAUCUCCUGAGCGCACUCUGUGACCGGCCACUCUCCAACCACCCACCAACACUGCCGCUCACAACACCCCGUCAUCGCUUUGCUCUUAGCAUUUACAAGAAAAUAAGGGCAGAAAUGGAGUCAUGUACAGUUUCAUAUGAGCUUGUGCAUGUUUUCCUUCUGCUUUUGAUCUACUUCUAUCUCAUGGGCAGAAGCGAAAUGGUUUUGAUUAUUUGAUUAUUAUUAUAAUUAUUAUCCAUCUUCUGGAAGGGACACAUACUAGAAUUAACAGAUGAAGAUGCUAAAUAUAAGUACAAGGUGCUGUAAUUGGGUUAUUAGAAUGACCUGCCACAUUUAGAGAGGAGUUUAAAAUUAGCUCUAGCAGAGGUUUAGCGUAGUUGUCCACUAUCAUUUAAGGUACGGUUAGUUACAGUACAUAUAUUGAGAUUAAGUGUUAUGUUGCAUUAAGGAGCAAUUCAUUUGUCAUGUUGACGACAGACUAAAUGUUGACUUUAACUAAUUCCAGAUCAGAUUUUGUUAUUUAUGUUUUAAUCUCAGCAGUACGUAAGCCCAGUUCAGCAGUGGCGUACAGCGCCUUCAGAGCCCACACAAGUGCUUAAAAAGUUUGUGCCAGGAAUGUGUUUCCUAUGACUUUAUUGGUGUCAUAUUAGGCCAAGACAGAGUUUAUGAUUUAGCAGAGGUAUAAAAUGCAAACAAACACAGUGGUCAUCAGUGCCAUUCUUUCCAAAAUUCAAAAAUGUCCCAAAAGCCAUUACUAAAACACGACUGAACAAACUGUUAUGUAAUUGCAUAGUAAUCAUUUCCAACAGUGGUGACCAAGUGUGAUGCACCCUGAAUAGCUGAUUUAUUUGUUUGCUUUUUCUUCACUAAACUAGGAAUCAACUAUUAGCAGGUUAAAAUGUCUUUUUAUUUUACCUGAUUCUCCUUUACUUCAUUCCGAUCCUCUGUCAUCAUCUUUUGGAGAAGAGGACCAAGCUUGUUUGUCUCGUGUUUUUAAGUAAGAUGGGAGUUUGUGGGGAAACUGUGAAGCAGGGAGAGCGGACUGUUGAAAUCCUGAUGAAGGUGCAUUUGGCAGUGGGUCUUUUUAGUUUUCCAGUCCCAGUAAAAAUUCUAUAUGACCACUUGAUCUCUUAAAGUUCUUACAGUUUGAAUAGAGAUGCCUGUUGAGAAGCCUGUAGAGAACUGCUGUACUGUACAAGUGUACAUGUAGCAUUUCCAUCUGUGAUGUCACUGUUUCAUUUAGCUGAAUGAAUGUCAGAUGCUAUGACUCAGGAUGCUACUCUGUUUUAAAAGGCACUUUAUUAAAAUCCCUGGACUCAUACUGACUAACCUGCUGCGUAGAAAUACAUGCUGCAUACUAAAACAUGUUCUAAAAGUAAAACUUUUUCAGAUGUUGUCAAUGUUUCCAGUUGAAGGUAAACUGUAAUGUUUUGUGGCUCUUUUCAGUUGUUGUCCAAUGACAAGUUCGACCUUGGUUCAGUGAUAGAAAGCAAUCUCUGUGCUGUGCCUACUCUGUUGACAGAGACCUUGUCAAGUCAUGUUGCCUUACAGUAUGUGUCCUCCAGGAGGCAGUAUAGUAUCGUGUGAAUGAUAUCGAUGCCAACAACCUGAACGAGCCUCUUGAGCAUCCUAUUAAGCCUUGCACCUUCAUCCAAGGGUACAUUUAUAAAAACAGAGCCACAUACUCAGCAACCUCAGAUAAUGACUGUAUCUGCAUGUUCUUAUGUUAAAGCGUUCCUCAACAAUGUGAGCUACUGUAAAUCAGCCAUAAGAAGUAAUGUUAACCCCAACUUAUGCACACAAAUGAAACUGGAGGGACCCAUAGUUCUGGGUGCUGUGAAUUUGAAUUUUGUAGAUCACUAACUAAUGAUUUUGGAAUUAAAAUACUAAGUGAAAGUGA